GGCAGAACAACACACAUAAGAAACGGAGAAGAAGAUGCCUGUCUUCUUCGUCGGUAGCAUUCAUGCAUUAGGAAAUGUGGUAAACAGCACCAAGGGCCUCGAAGACAUUUCCAAUAAUAAAAAUAAGUAGCUUAAUGCUUUUGUCAGUCGAGACAGCUGUAUCAUUAUUUAGGGGAUAGGAGCAGAACGUUUCUGCGUGGGAGUCCCUUGACUAUUCUCUGGAUCCUGCUUCUAGUUUCUAUUUGGUCACGCCCACCCCCCUCACACACAUGAGUGCUGUUUUCUCCUUGAGCUGGGCCAAGCGCCAUGCCUGAUCGGGACAGCUCCUACCUGUCAGGUGGCAGUGGGAGUGGGGGUAGUCUGGGUGAGGAAGGAGGACCUGGGUCUGCAGGGGGCUCAGCCGAGGGCAGAGGGGGCUCAGGAGGAGGUGGCAACGGCUCUGGGAGCAUGGGGGGAGGAGGAGCUCUCGGAAAUGGUACCAGUUGUGGGAAUGGUGGAGGUGGGGGGCAAGGCUCAGGACUGGCAAUAGGAGGUGUCUGCAGGGACUUCAUACGCAAUGUCUGCAAGAGGGGAAAGCGCUGCCGCUUUAAACACCCAGACUUUAACGAAGUUCCAGAUUUGGGAGUGCAAAAAAAUGAAUUCAUUUUCUGUCAUGACCACCAGAACAAGGAGUGUAUGCGCUCCAACUGCCGCUUUGUCCACGGAUCUAAAGAGGAUGAGGACUAUUACAAGAAAACAGGAGAGCUACCCCUCAGACUAAGAGGGAAAGUUGCAGCACGACUAGGCCUGUCCCCCAUCGAUCUCCCCCAUAGCCGUGGGGAAGUCCCUAUCUGCAGAGACUUUCUAAAGGGAGAGUGCCAGAGGAGCAAUAAGUGUAAAUUUCGUCAUGUCCAAAAAGACUUUGAAUAUGAGCCAUCAAGGGUUGGAGUGGGUGGCGUGAUAGGGCCAGGGCCCACUGGAAUGGUGAAUGCUGGGGGAGGGAUAGGUGUUGGAGCAGGAGGUCCCUGUGGAGGAAUGCAAGGACUUGUGGGAGGUGGAAGUGGAAGUAACAUGAUGGGGAUGGGCUGCCCCAUCCUGGGCGGUUGCAGAGAUCCCGGUAUCACAGGAGUUGGGGGGGUAGGUGUAGGUGGGAUGAGCACUUGUCUGUCCAUGAAUUCUACAGGCCAACGACGGUAUGAAAGGAGCUCAGUGUAUGACCCUCUGCUUGAAAGUGGGCUGUUUGAUGCAAGCUCUCUGGAGGCCUCUAUGGACCACACUGCUCUACAGUUGAAGAGGCGACGGUUGGAGGGGCUGCGCCUGGCAGAUGUGACUGGAGGUGUGCACUACGAGCUGGGACUUCAUGCCACCUUGCCACCCCGUCCUCUGGAGUUCAGGUUCCUGGAGGAAGAUAACUGCCUGCUGAGGAAAAGAGUGGAAGAGUUGAAGAAGCAGGUUUCAAAUCUAAUUGCCACAAAUGAGGUUCUUCUGGAUCAGAACGCCCAGUUCCGCAGCCAGGGCAAGGUGAUGACGAUGUCCUCCACUCCUGUGCCCACUGAGCAGAGUCUGGUUCCCCCUUUGGGUGCAAUAGGUUCCUACAAUCAUAGCAUUGCCCAGACUCACACCACCCUGAGCAGCGCUGGAUUGCAACCUCGGCCUGUCACCCAGCAAGAUAUGGUAGUUUCUUCCGGCGCCCCUUCAGCGCCCCCUACUAGCGCCCAACCUUCAGUCCCUCUGCCUCACCUCAACCCUGAGAUCACCCCCCUGUCAGCCGCUCUUGUACAGACCAUUGCCCAAGGAAUGGCGCCACCUGUUUCUAUGGCCCCGGUGACUGUAUCUGUGGCAUCAGUGGCAGUGUCCAUGACGCAGCCGAUGCCUGGUAUCACCAUGAGUCACGCCACCACCCCAAUGGUGUCGUACCCUAUUGUGAGUCAAAGCAUGAGGAUCACCACUCUCCCACACUGAUAAAGUGCAGGGCUGUAGAACCCACACAUCAGACUCUAGCAUUCUUAAAGGUGGGGCAGGUAAUUUUGGAGAAACCAGCUCGAGUGCGUUAGAAUUUGAAAAUACACAACCGGAAAAAAUUGUCUUUGUGAUGUUGCCAUAAAACUGGCCGGGCUGGCUAAAAUGAUUGGUCGUGCUUUUUACAGUACCACGGCUUCCACAGAUGACAUUUUUUUAUGGAUUUUUUGU